CGUUGACCGCCUUCUUUGUCUAGAUUAAGGAUUUUUUUUUUUGUGUUUCAUUGAACCUGCGGUUAGUCAUAGAUUCCUUCGGAGAUUUUAAUGAAAGAGCAUAUAAUAUAAUUGAACCACUCUAAGUAUGAUACAGAAUCCCCUACUUCUUUAGUAAGACUUGGCAAUGAAGAUUGAAAUUUCCAUGUCCUUUUGUGUGGUAUUGCCCUUUGAAGUUCAAAGUUACCUUUUGUAGAGCCAUCUUUCAAACCUCCAACGAUAUGGGAUCAUCUGCAGAAGACGAUGAAAUCAGUGGGUUUGACAUGGGAACUUCCUUAUUGCAGUCAAGUAACAUCUCCACUGUUGUUCAUCCUAAUCAUAGAAAAGGGAAUCUAUGGACUGCUCUGGCUCAUAUAAUAACAGGAGUGAUAGGAUCAGGGGUAUUAUCACUAGCAUGGAGUAUGUCACGCCUGGGUUGGGUUGCGGGUCCAGUUACCAUGCUGUUGUUUGCAUUAGUCAGCUUCAUUUCUGCCUCCCUUCUCUGCAACUGUUAUAAAUCACCUGAUCCUGAAAUUGGCCCCAAUAGUAAUGGUUCUUACAUUGAUGCUGUUCAAUCCAUCUUAGGGAAAAAGAAUGCCAGGGUUUGUGGAGUUAUUGUCAUCAUAAACUUUGUCAAAAUUGGAAUUGUCUACACUGUUACUGCUUCUACAAGCCUGAGGGCAAUUCUUAAAUCAAAUUGUUACCAUGACCAAGGACACAAGGCUGCUUGUGAAUACAAUACUACUUAUUUCAUGCUUCUAUUUGGAGCCCUUCAAAUCUUAGUGUCUCAAAUACCUAAUUUCCAGAAUAUAAAAUGGCUAUCUGCUGUUGCAGCCAUCAUGUCCUUUGCUUACUCUUCGAUUGGAUCAGGACUUGGGUUAGCCAAAAUCAUUGAAAAUGGAGAGGUAAGAGGUAGUAUAGGAGGAGUGCCAACUUCUACUGCUGCUGAAAAAGUAUGGUCUGUGGCUCAAGCUCUUGGAGACAUUGCAUUUUCUUUUCCAUUCUCUCUCUAUUUCCUGGAGAUACAGGACACUUUGAGGUCACCUCCACCCGAAAAAACCACAAUGAAGAAGGCAUCUACUGCUGCAGUCUGCAUCACAACAUUUUUUUACCUCUGCUGCGGAGGGUUUGGUUAUGCAGCAUUCGGAAAUUCAACUCCGGGAAAUAUCUUGACAGGAUUUGGUUUUUAUGAGCCGUAUUGGCUGGUGGACUUUGCUAAUGCCUGCAUUGUCCUUCACCUCAUCGGUGGCUAUCAGGUACCUUAUCUUUUUAUUCACUUUGCUUUCAAUCAUCUUUGGAAAUACCUAGGCAUAUAACCUAUAACCUUUUGUAACAUGUAACUUCUUUUCCUUCAUGGUGAAAUUAAUAUUCCUCUCAGCUAUUCAGUCAGCCACUCUUUGCAAUCGUUGAAAGACGGUUAGCCAGGCAAUUUCCGAACUCUACACUUGUUCACGAUUCCUACAGUUUGAAACUCACAUCACUGCCAACGUUGGAGCUGAAUCUCCUCAGGAUAUGCUUCAGAACUGCCUAUGUUGUUUGCAUUACUGGGAUCGCCAUACUCUUUCCUUACUUCAAUGAAGUUGUUGGGGUUGCAGGGGCUAUUAACUUCUGGCCUAUUAUUGUGUAUUUCCCAGUUGAGAUGUACUUAGUGCAGAAAAACAUAGAAGCAUGGACUCCCAAAUCAACUGUCCUGAGGACAUAUUCUUUUAUCUGUCUUGUUGUGAUAAUCUUUGCUUUCAUUGGCUCUGUCAAAGGGCUGUUGAGUGCCAAAUUUAAGUAAAUAUAUAUUUACAAAAGGCUUCUAAUUUGGCCUAUCAACUUGCACGGUUGCUUCUUAUUCAU